GGCUCAUCGGUUAGUUAGUUAUAAAGACUAACCAUUUAGGAUUAGUUAUUAAAACCAGACCAAACCAGAUUCACCGGCCUGUUCGGAAAACCGGAGGCCGGUUUUCACAUGAAUGAGAUUAUUGUAACUCAUUAUUCGUCAAAUCACAUAAAAUAAACCCGGUUCGGUUACGGAUAAACCGGAGUGGAUCGAACGCAGCCCACGGUUCUGCAGUCUAUCCUUUAAUCGAAGCGUGGGCUUCGGGUGCGCGCAGGCAAGACGGCCUUCUCGUGCUUUGAUGCGAAGCCAAAUCCCACGCACCGAAAUCGUCCUCUCCCUCCGCCGUGGCUUUCGCACCCAAACCCACACCGCCGCCAAAAUACUCCAUGCUCACCUGUUGCGGACCCACCGCCUCCCCCACUCCGACGUCCACCCCAAACUCCUCCUCCUCCUCCGUGACCCCCGCGACGUCUCUCGGUGGAAUUCCCUCAUCGCCACCCUCGCCCGCCACGGCUCCCACUCCCUGGUGCUGCGUAACUUCGCCCUCGUGAACAGGCUCGGCCUCCCUUCCGAUUCCUACUCCUUUUGCACCGUUCUCACCGUCGCCUCCUCUCUGAAAGCCGCAGGCCUCGGCCGGCAGAUCCAUGCAUGCGCUUUGAGGUCGGGCUGGAUCUGUAGCAUCUUCGUCUGCGGUGCCCUGAUCGACUGCUACGCCAGAUCACUUGCCGUCGAAGAUGCCUCCCAGUUGUUCGAUGAAAUGGCUGUUAGGAACACGGUUUGUGUCAACUCUCUGCUUGGUGGAUAUGUAGAAAGCCGGCUUUGGACGGAGGGCUUGCAUCUCUUCCGAAGAAUGCGUGAACUCAAAUUGGAGCCCGACGGGUUCACGCUUUCUGCGAUUCUGAGGAUUUGCGCUGAGGCACCAGCCAUUUCGUUGGGCUUGCAAGUGCAUGCUCAUCUUUUACGCAGGAUCAGCAUCAUCAAUGAGGAUGUAUUCACAUUGAGUUCUUUGCUGGAGAUGUAUGGAAAAUGUGGCCUCGUGGAUAAUGCUCGCUUGGUGUUUGAAUUGGCUGGGCAGGCAAAGAGGAGGGAUGUUGUGUUAUGGACAUCCAUGCUCAAUGCAUAUGGCCGGAAUGGGCAGUUUGCUGAGGUGGUAUUAACAUAUGAAAUCAUGCUGACAGAAGGGAUAAAACCAGAUGAGAUUGCUCUGCUGGCUGUUAUCUCAGCUUGUAAUCACUCAGGUGAUGUGAUCAAGGGGCUCCAUUACUUUGAAUCAAUGUAUAGGGUUCACAAUCUGGUUCCCGGACCAGAGCAUUAUGGCUGUGUGGUCGACAUGCUUUGCAGAGUAGGGAAUUUGAAGAUGGCAUGGAAGUUUACCAAUGAGAUUAUACUUGAAACAGAGGGUGAUGGUGAUAGUAAUAUGGGUGUUAGUGUUUGGGGUGCUUUGCUUAGUGCUUGUCGGGAUUCCGGUAAUGUUGAGAUAGGGAACUUUGCUGCUAAAAGGGCUCUCGAGUUGGAUCCAAACAAUUCAGGGGUUUAUGUCGAAUGGUCUAACUUGUGUGCUCGUGUUGGUUUGUGGAAUGAGAUUGGUGAACUUAGACAGUUAAUGAAGGUGAAGGGAUUGAGGAAAGAUACAGGAUGCAGUAGGUUGGAGUUCUUGAACAGAUGAGCUGAUGAAACAAAGUUCAAACUUGUUUCUGGUACAUGUUAAAAUCGAAAAAAUAGUAAAUAACAGGAUGAGUUGCAUGAACCAAUCAACUCAGCGGCAACAUUGAGAACAUUAGUAUCUUUAAGUUGAUUAUAUGGAAGUGAGGUCCUUCUGAUAGUUGGAUGUUUACUACCAAAAGAAAAGAUGCAGAUAUGGAAGUGAAAUCCAGUAAUUUUUCUCUGUUUGUUCUUCUGCAUGGGGUUAGUUUCCCCUUAGGAAAAAAUACAAGGUUAUUCUGGUGUCCAACAUAAGAAGCUCUUUGAAUUGGACAGAGCAUCUAUGGUUUUGCAAGGAAAGAAAAGUUCCAAGGAAAGACAAAUGCUAUUUGUCUAUUUAUAGAGAGAGCUAUUCUUGAGCAAAGAUUUGGAUGAUUACUCUUCAAUGCUGUGGAAUCUCUGUUAAGAGCAAUAACAAAUUGGGGAAGCCAAUUCUUCAUUUGGUCAGACAUUGUGAGUACAGUUGUGCCUUUUCUUGUCUGUGGAAGGAUCAAUUUGAUUUCAUAUAUUGCAUAAAUCUAGCAAAAAUAGUGUGUACAUAUUAGUUUUGGAGUAUCAUGAUCAGCAAGGAUAAUAUCAAUUUUAUGUGACUAGGAAAAAGUUUGAUAAAAAAAAAUUAAGCAUGUUAAGCAAGUAGGCAUUCAAAAUUGAACAAAAUGAAGAAAACCAUAGUAUAUGGCUCUGGUAUAAUUCAUCAUCCAAUAAGCAGUUUGAUGUAUAUAUAAUAUCUCUCGGGUUUUCGUAAGUCUUUGUUGAGAUAUCCGAGUUGAUCAGUGUAUUAUUAUAAAAAUGAUAGAUCUCAUAUUCAAAUUUAUAUGUGAGCGUCAGUAUUUUA